AUGACCGAGAUCACCCCUACCGUGCUCACUACUGUCCUACCGAACGGAAUCACAGUCAACUUCAAGACCGCGACAGGCGAAGACUUUGACUGGAUCAGCAACGAGGUGUACCCUCACUCCGAGAUCUUCCCCGAUCUGUACGCGUGUCUUGAAGGCGGGACUGUCCAGGCCGCUUGCGAGUCCAAGAACAUCCACGCCAUCGUGGCGAGAGAAGCAGUCGGCACCGAAGUUCUCGGCUCGCUGACUUACAGAACUCACAAGACUGCAGCAGAUGUGACCGCAUGUACGGUCAACUCUGUGGCUGUCCCCAUAUCCGCAUUCGGUCAGGGGAUCGGAACCGCCUUGAUAAAUCAGGUGCUCAAUCAUGCCAGGCAAUCGAUCCCGGAAGGCCGGCUCAAUCUUCAUGUCAUCGGCAGGACCGACCAUACGCGGGGAAGUGCGAAGUGGCUGGAGCGGCUGGGCUUCGUCGUGACAGGUACGAGUCUGUAUACGGGUGCGGCGAUGGCGACGCAGUGGUCUCGGACGUUCUGA